AUGAACCAACUUCUGUCAAUUGUAUUGCUAUUAAUCCUAAAUGGAUGCCGGGCAGAUGUCAAUCGGUUGCUAUUGGAGCAGCUUAACCAGGUGGGAUUGGUCAAUCUUUUAGAUCAGGCAACGCGUCCCAAUGUACCCAGGGAUCUAACCAAUUAUGAUUUUAUUGUAAUUGGUGCCGGUGCCGCUGGCUGUACCUUGGCUGCCCGUCUCUCGGAGAAUCCCCAAUGGAAGGUGGCCUUGCUGGAGGCUGGUGGUGUGGAGAAUAUAGCCCAUUCGACACCUGUCCUGGCUGGUUAUCUUCAACAGACAUCCUCCAAUUGGGGCUACAAAUCGGUGCCGCAGAAACUCUCCUGCCUGGGCAUGAACAAUCAGGAGUGUGCCCUGCCCAGGGGUAAGGUUCUAGGAGGCACUAGUUCCAUCAAUUAUAUGAUCUAUAAUCGUGGCAAUCGAAGGGAUUUUGAUGGCUGGUCGGAGGCUGGUAAUCCUGGUUGGAGCUACAACGAAGUCCUGCCCUAUUUCCUGCGCAGCGAGAAUGCCCAGCUUCAGGGGCUGGAGAAUUCGCCAUAUCAUAAUCACAGUGGUCCCUUGAGUGUGGAAUAUGUACGCUUCCGGUCUCAACUGGUGGAUGCCUUUGUGGAGGCUUCUGUGGAGUCGGGAUUACCACGCACCGAUUACAAUGGAGAAUCACAAUUUGGAGUUUCAUAUGUCCAGGCCACGACCCUUAAUGGACGACGGCAUUCGGCCUAUUCGGCGUACAUAAAACCAGUGCGAGAUCUUCGCUCCAAUUUGCACAUCUUUACCUAUACCCGAGUGACCCGCAUCCUUAUCGAUGAUGCCACCAAAUCUGCCUACGGUGUGGAGUUUCAUUACAAGAACAAACCCUACACUUUCAAGGCUCGAAAGGAGGUGAUCCUCUCGGCAGGAGCCUUUAACUCGCCACAACUACUAAUCUUGUCAGGAAUUGGACCAGAGGAUAAUCUAAAGGCCAUUGGAAUUCCGAUAGUUAAAGAGCUACCAGUGGGUCGUCGUCUCUACGAUCACAUGUGUCAUUUUGGACCCACUAUUGUUACAAAUACCACGGGUCAAACCACAUUCACCUCCAGGGUCACACCCACUGAGGUUCUGUCGUAUCUCCUAGCUGGAAGUCCUGCCACCAGAUUGAGCUCCAUUGGUGGAGUGGAGGCAUUAGCUUUCCUCAAGACACCACGUUCUACUUUGCCCAAGGAUUGGCCAGAUAUCGAACUUAUUAUGGUCACUGGGAGCCUGGCCAGUGAUGAGGGCACAGGCCUCAAAUUGGGUGCCAAUUUCAAGGAUGAGAUCUAUGACAGGAUGUACAGAGAAUUGGCACAGGCGCAGCAGGAUCACUUUACGCUGCUGGUCAUGCAAUUUCAUCCCGAGUCUGUGGGUCGCCUUUGGCUAAGGGAUCGUAAUCCUCUCGGCUGGCCCAAGAUUGAUCCCAAGUAUUUUGUGGCCGAGGAAGAUGUGGAGUAUCUAUUGGAUGGCAUUAAGGCCAGUUUGCGGAUCAUGGAGAUGCCAGCGCUGCAAAGGAUCGGGGCAAGAUUGCUUCAGAGACCAACGCCGGGCUGUGAGGGUCAUAAAUUCGCCUCGGAUGAUUACUGGCGAUGUUCGAUUCGAACGUUAUCCUAUACACUGCACCAUCAGGUGGGCACCUGUCGCAUGGGACCGGAAAGUGAUCCCACCAGCGUGGUUAAUCAUCAGCUAAAGGUUCAUGGCAUGAGGAGACUUCGUGUGGUGGACACUAGCAUUAUUCCAGUGCCACCCACCGCCCACACCAAUGCGGCGGCCUUUAUGAUUGGGGAGAAGGCUUCGGAUAUGAUACGAUCCGAAUGGAGUUGA